AUGAAUUCUUUUAUAAGAUACUUUAUAUUCAUUUUAAUACUUUUAUCUAUUUUUAUUGAAAUUUUCAAAUUGUCAUUAUUUAAAUCAAAUAAGUUAAUUGCUACUUUGUCAACUUCAUUAUUUAUAUUAUUUUCAUUAUAUUAUAUAUCAUCAUCAUUAAUUAGUGAAAAAUUUAAAGAUUAUUAUAAUAUCCCUCAAAUUUUUAAUAAAAUAAUGAAUUCAAGAUUUAUAAAUAGAAGUGGUAUAAAUCGAUUUAGUAGUAAAAACCAAUCAAAAGAAACAAAAUUUGCUAUAAAAAAUGGUGGUGAAAUUGGUGGUAUAAGUAAUGAUGGUAAUACAUGUUUUAUGAAUUCUGUAAUACAAUCUUUAGCAAGUUCAAGAGAAUUAAAUAAAUUUAUAAAUUCUUAUCUAUAUUCAGAAAUUGAAAUUGAUAAUGGUGGAGAGAUUAUAAAAAUGAAAUCAAAUCAACCUAAAUCUGAAUUAAUUUUCACAAAUGCUUUGAAAAAUUUAUUAGAUGCCGUUAAUGGUAAAUAUGGUAUUAAGGGAAAAGAAUUUUCAACAAAACCAUUAUUAAACAAAAUGCCCAAUGGUCCAAAACAAAACUUUUUCAGUGGAUAUAAUCAAGAAGAUGCACAAGAGUUUUAUCAAUUAGUAAUGAAUUUAUUAGAAAAAGAAUUUAAAACGAUGAAUUCUUCAAGAUUACCAACCCCUGAACCAGAAGAAAAACCAAGGAAAUUUGUUGAUAUUAGAGAGGUUAAAGAAGUUAUUAGUGGUUGUAAAUCUUUAGGUAAAUUGGGUACUGUUUAUGUUCCAGCAACUCAAGUUGAUUCAAAUUUAGAAGAUGCAAAUAAUAAAUUAAUGCCAUUGGAAUUAGUUACACCCGUUGACGGUAUAUCUGCGGAAAGAAUUGGUUGUUUAACAUGUGGUGAAGUUGGAGGUAUUCGAUAUUCAGUAAGUUCGGGUUUAAGUUUAAAUUUGCCACAAAAUAAUAAUAAUUAUUAUUCAAGUUUUAAUUUAUUACAAUUAUUAAAUGAAUAUAUUAGUCCAGAAAGUAUAGAAGACGUAAAUUGUAAUCGAUGUGGUUUAAUACAAACUAAAACAUUUAUAGAAGAUACAUUACAAGAAUUGAAAAGUAAAGAUAAUAAUGAAAAAAUCAUUGAACAAUUUGAAAAUAGAUUGAGGUUAAUCAAUGAAGAACUCGUGAAACCACAUAUAACAGAUGAAAUAUUUGAAAAAUUAACAAUUAAAAAGCAAAUUAAAAAACUGAAGAAAUCAAAACAAAUAUUUAUGGAUAGACCACCCCCAUUAUUAUGUAUACAUAUAAAUCGAUCAGUAUUUGAUCCAAGAACAUAUAUGAUUGUUAAAAAUCCAAGUAAUGUAUCAUUUCCUGCAAAAUUAAAUUUAUCUCCGUAUAUAGUUGAACCUAAUGAUAUAAAUAUGGAUGCAAGAUUACCAUUCAGGAAACAAGAUGAAGAAGAGGAAGAAGAAGAUGAAGAAAAAGAUACUUCAAAUGAUUUAUUUUAUAAUUUAAAAGCUGUUAUAUCUCAUUAUGGUACACAUAAUUAUGGUCAUUAUAUAUGUUAUAGAAAAUUAAGAGGUACAUGGUGGAGAAUAAGUGAUGAAUCAGUAUACGUAGUCAGAGAAGAAGAAGUUUUAAAUGGUCAAGGAACAUUUAUGUUAUUUUAUGAAUAUGAUGAUGGUUAUAAAGAAAUAUUAAUGGAUGUAAGUGAUGAAGAAGAAGAAGAAGAAAAGGAGAAAGAAGACGAGAAAGAAGAGGAUAUAAAUCAAGUUAAUGAAACAACAAAGGAAAUAAAUCGAGCUGAUUCAGAAGAAAGUGAACCACUUCCAGCCACAGAACAUCAAGAAAAUUUAAGCAAUAAUGAAGAUGAUUCAAUAUCUACUCAUUCUAUAGAUUUUAACAUUGCUGAAGCUCAGGUUCAUUUAUAA